GUUCUAAUAUCUGAUCACAUAGCCGUUAUCAGUAUGCGUCCCAGUUUUAUUUUGUUGACGCACGGACGCACGAUCGUUAUUGUUUCAUUCGGGAGUUAGCUGAGAUACAGGAUGGAUCGUAAGGAGACUUUUAUCUCCUGCCCUGUCUGUAAGACCAGUCAUGUUGCACCUCUGAACGGACGGAAUGAUGGCGUAUUUGCAUCUACUUGUGAACACUGCGGGCAUUUCUUCAAGUUUAGGUCCGUGGCACCAUACAAGUCAUCCAUUACUUUCAGUGUCAAUGGCAAACAAGUAACAGUGGGUACAGAGUAUGAUUCUUCAUCAACAUUGAAUGAUUUCCUCCGGCAGUCUCGUAUCUCCAUGGGAACUAAGGUGUUCUGUAAGCAAGGAGGCUGCGGCAUCUGUAUUGUUGUUGCUAAAAUGACCUUGAACCCCAAUGGUACUCCAGUUACUGCAAACAUCAACUCGUGUUUGUGUCCGCUGUUUGUUUGUGAUGGUUGGGAGAUCACGACCGUGGAAGGACUGGGUUCUACUAGGACGCAGAUGCACAAAAUUCAGUCGACCCUGUCAGGAUUUGGUGGUACCCAGUGCGGAUACUGUAGCCCUGGGCAUGUUAUGAACAUGUAUGGGUUGAUGCAACAGUACCCGAACGCUACAAAACAAGAUAUAGAGGACAAUUUUGAGGGCAAUCUUUGCAGAUGUACAGGUUAUCGCCCCAUUCUUGAUGCCAUGAAGUCUUUAGUUCCGGCCACAACCACGGAUAUAGAGGAUUUAUCAAGAAAACUUUGUCAGACCACGGGUAAACCUUGUGGGUCCCGAACUGGAAGCUGCGGUGGUGGAUGCCAGAACCAUAGCGACUCUCGAUCUAUCAAAAUGGUGUUCGGUGAUACUAGGUGGCAGAAAGCAACAAAUCUUGCGGAUCUAUAUCAGAUGUUGAGUGCGGCUAGUGGGCAGAAAGUUCGACUCCUGGGUGCUAACACAGGCACAGGUUAUUUUGAGGACGAGGCUAUCAAGAACUUUGACGUUGUUAUUGAUAUAUCAGGAGUACCAGAAUUAUAUGUGAAUACCCAUGACUCGCAGACCAAGACGUUCACAUUAGGUUCAUGUUUGAGUCUCACUAAUUUGAUGGAGCUUUUCAAAAGUGAGGCAGCCAAGGUCGGGGCAACCCAGAACUUUGACGAACUGAAGAAGUAUCUGUAUAGAGUCGCUUCAUCUCCUAUAAGGAACAGAGGAACAUGGUCGGGUAACUUGAUGUUAAAGAAUAAAUAUCACAGCUUCCCGUCGGACGUGUUCAACAUAAUGACAGUUCUAGGAGCUUCACUCACCAUAGGUCCAACACCACAAAGUGUUGUAACAUGCGAGGCAUUCUACAAUACGGAUAUGACAGGUAAAUGUUUGACAAAGGCAACAUUUACAGAGUUUGGACCCAAUGAUGUCGUCGCUUGUUUCAAGGUCAUGCCAAGGUCACAGCACAGGGCAACAGCUACAGAACAAUAUCUGUACAGAAAACAGUUGUCGUCUCCUUCCACCAUACAAGGUGCUCUGAAUGUGCUAGCAAGUGAACUAAAUCCUACAGCCGGGUCUGGUCUCACCAGUAUAUCUUAUAGGAAGACGGUCGCGUGUGCUCUACUGUAUAAGUUUGUCCUGCGUGUACUUGGAAACACGGCCAGUUAUCAAUACAGAAGUGCUACAACGGUUCUACAUGAUAUACGGCCCCUGUCGUCUGGUGUACAGUCAUAUGAUACAAACAAACAAGAGUGGCCAUUGAAUGAACCGCUGAAGAAACUAGAGGCCGAUAUACAGUGUACGGGCGAGGCGGAAUAUACCGAUGAUUUACCGGCUUAUCCCGGACAACUACACGCAGCGUUUGUGACAAGCACACAGGCUAACGCUACAGUACAAUCCAUCGACACAGCCGAUGCAUUAAAAAUUCCAGGUGUUGUGAAAGUGUUGACAUCAUUUGAUAUUCCCCAAGAUGCCGAAAAUGACAUUCAGCCUCCUCUAUCAAUAUCAAACGAGACCGAACCCGAAGAGUUGUUCUCUAGCGGGAAAGUAAUGUAUUAUGGACAGUCGCUGGCACUAGUAGUUGCAGAAUCGCAGGCGAUAGCCGAGGAGGGAGCAGCCGCUGUAAAAGUUACUUACAACAAUAUAAAAACACCAGUUCUUACCAUAGACGAUGCCAUAGCCGCUAACACUUACUUCAAGAAACCUUAUCAAGACAUUACCAUUGGACACCCUGACCAGGUUAUCGCCGGUGCAGCACAUCAGUUGAGCGGUUCAUUCAGCACAGAAGAGCAGUUACAUUUUCACAUGGAAACACAAGCCAGUGUAUGUAUCCCAACAGAGGAUGGCCUUGACCUUGUAUCAACCACACAAUGGCCGGAUUCUAUACAACACUGUGUUAGUAGAGUUACAGGGAUACAAAAAAGCGCUAUAAAUGUAACUGUAAGAAGACUUGGUGGAGCGUAUGGCGGGAAGAUAACCAGAAACAAUUUUGCUGCUGCGGCGUGUGGUCUGGCCGCCAAAAUUACCAACAGGCCAGUUAGAAUGAGACAAACGAUUCAGAGUAACUACAUAAUGUUAGGUCGCCGUUACCCACACAAAAUAAAUUAUCGCGUUGGUUUUGAUGACAGCGGUAAAUUGCUCGGACUUGAUGUGAAGUUUUACGAAGGGCUGGGAUGCCUACCUGACGAGAAGUCCGCUGCUGCGUUUCCAGGAUGCAUUGAUAAUGCUUAUUAUUGUCCGAACUGGAAGAUGAGUAUGGAAGCUAUGCGGAUGAAUACAGCCAUGCACACUUCAACAAGAGCCCCUGGUAAGUAAUUCGGUUACGUUUUAU